ACAAAGUUUAUACACAACCCCAAAAAAACCCUUUCCAUUAUUCUUUGCUUAACUCCUAACCCUCCAUGUCUGUCUUCCCUGAACCAACAGUCGAGGCAUAUCAACCUCACAGUCCUCACAGUCACAAUUAUCAAGAGACAACGUCCACCUCCAGCCACCACCGCGGAAGUAAUCCCCGCCAGAUAACCACCGCUCACGGCAAUGAAGAGUUUAAGCUCGAGAAUAUACCUCCAAUUUACAUAAUACUAUUUUUUUCUGUUCUCAUGGUGGCAGUUCUUACCGUCUUCGGGAUGACAACACAUGGUCGUUCACAGAAAAUCAAAAAGUUGAGGUAUUAUUUUGAAGCACCAACAUUCCUCAUCGAAUCAGCCAAAGUUUAUCCUUUUGAUAUCUCUUCAUCUAAUAUAACAGCAAAUUGGAAUAUCAUUGUCUACAUGGGCUACCCUGAUACUGAUUCUUUUGUUGAGCAAGGAUUCUAUUACCAAAAUAUGGAGGCUUCUGUUCUGUUGAAAAAUGAGACUGUUUAUUCUAAAAAGAUAGGAAAUAUAUAUAAGGAGUAUGAGAGGGGGGGUGAUUUUAAGAUGGUGGAUGUGUUUCUUGAAUCCUCGUUAGCAAGUAUAAACCAGACUGUAGCAGAGGCUGUUAUGGCGGAGAAGAGAGAAAAUGGAGUCGUGACCUUCUCUUUCGAGUUGAAUUGUAGUGGGACAAACUAUCCUGCAUACAUUGAUACAAGAAACAGAAGGAAGAUGACGGUGUUAUGUAAGGAUUUGAAGAUUAGGUUUUUGGCUAAUACUAAUGCUAAAGCUGGAGCUUUGGUAAAUCCAUAUGGACCAAUUCCCUGUGAUGUCUUUGUCUUCCUUUGAAUUCAAGAACUGUUAUUAAUUUCGUGAUUUUGUCAAUUUAAUUUGCAAGAUUGUUAAUAAGUUUGAAUUUAUUUUGCUUUUAAAUAUGGAGAAUUAUGUCCUUGAUUAGCUUUUUAAUUAUAUAUGUUAUUUUUUAUUUAUAUUUUUUUUUACAAACCACUUGUAUCCGGACCCUAUUACCAAACCGACUAAAUCCAGAUUGGGACUUUAUUUUUUAA